GGGGUCCAAAUCCAUUCAACACAAAUGGGUGGAUGCUGCUCCAAGUCCGACGCUCAAUCCGACGCCGGCGACAAGAAAGACGAAUCGGCGUCGGCCAACCCCAACUCCGCCUCCACCUCUGCCACGCCGGCGCCACAACCAUCUCAGAAUCCCCGGCCGAGUGCCGCCGGCAACUCCAAGUCGACCCCAAUAGGCCCGGUCCUCGGCCGCCCCAUGGAGGACCUGCGCGCCACCUACACCAUCGGGAAAGAGCUCGGCCGCGGCCAAUUCGGGGUCACCUACCUCUGCACCCACAAGCAAUCCGGUGAGCAGUAUGCGUGCAAGACCAUCGCCAAGAGGAAGCUCGUCCACGACGAGGACAUCGACGACGUCCAACGCGAGGUCCAGAUCAUGCACCACCUGACGGGCCAGCCGAACAUCGUCGAGCUCAAGGGGGCCUACGAGGACAAGCAUUCGAUCCACUUGGUCAUGGAGCUCUGCGCCGGAGGGGAGCUCUUCGACCGGAUCAUCGCCAAGGGCCAUUACACGGAACGCGCCGCCGCGUCCCUGCUCAGAACCAUCGUCGAGAUCGUGCACACCUGUCAUUCCAUGGGAGUCAUUCACAGAGAUCUUAAGCCCGAGAAUUUCUUGCUGCUCAAUAAGGAUGAGAAUUCGCCUCUCAAGGCCACAGAUUUCGGGCUCUCCGUGUUCUACAAAGAAGGAGAAGUGUUCAAAGACAUUGUAGGAAGUGCAUAUUACAUAGCUCCAGAAGUCUUGAGGAGACGGUACGGACCAGAGGUUGAUAUUUGGAGUAUCGGCGUGAUGCUGUACAUCUUACUCAGCGGAGUUCCUCCAUUCUGGGCAGAAACGGAGAAUGGAAUAUUCAACGCAAUUCUACGCGGGCAUGUCGAUUUCGCUAGUGAUCCAUGGCCUUCAAUUUCACACGGGGCAAAAGAUCUUAUCAAGAAGAUGUUGAAUGCAGAUCCAAAACAGAGAAUGACAGCCUUUGAAGUCUUAAAUCAUCCAUGGAUCAAGGAGGAUGGCGAGGCGCCCGAUACUCCUAUAGACAAUGCUGUUCUGAAUAGGCUGAAACAAUUCAAGGCUAUGAAUCAAUUCAAGAAAGUCGCACUACGGGUUAUCGCCGGAUGCCUGUCGGAGGAAGAAAUCAUGGGAUUGAAAGAGAUGUUCAAAGGGAUGGAUACCGACAGCAGUGGUACGAUAACUCUUGAAGAGCUCAAGCAAGGAUUGGCCAAGAAAGGUACCAAGAUAUCUGAAUACGAAGUGCAGCAGUUAAUGGAAGCUGCUGAUGCUGAUGGAAAUGGAACAAUAGACUACGAAGAAUUCAUUACAGCAACAAUGCAUAUGAACAGAAUGGAUAGAGAAGAACAUCUUUACACAGCAUUCCAGUAUUUCGACAAAGACAACAGCGGGUACAUUACAGUGGAAGAACUCGAGCAAGCUCUCCGAGAGUUCGGCAUGGAUAAUGGAAGGGACAUCAAAGAAAUCAUCACUGAAGUGGAUGCUGAUAAUGAUGGAAGAAUAAACUAUGACGAGUUUACAGCCAUGAUGCGGAAAAAUAAUACAGAGGCGGUACCAAAUCCCAAGAGACGGAGGGAUGGUGUUUUUGCAACAUAGUUAUUAUGAACAAUCAACAUGAGGAGAUUUAAAAACCUCUACCCAAUUUUGUGCCUCAGUUUCGUCCACAAAGGAAAAGGGCAAUGCCUUUUGAAAGCUCAAGAGACACUAAACUAGAAUACCUUCGAAAAGCUGAUAAACAGAGGGAGAAUGUGCUGUGUUCCUAUGGCUGGUUAUUUCUGGUAAAAGUGACAAAGUAGCAGUGACUCGAAGGGUAGCAACUAACAAGGUUCGUCGGCUGCAUAGUUUGAAAAAAUCAAUUUAUGUAUAACAUCAGCGAUGUAUAUAUAGAUAUAUUAAUCGAAUUCUCCCUUUGUGCAGUUCAUCUUUUUGUUUCAUCAAUUAUAUAUCCAUCCGAGUCUUACAUUCUUAGGGUUAAUGAUUAAGAACAAAUUUGUAGUAUGGGAACAAGGAGCACAUGAAUUUCAAGCCAGAUAGUGCUUAAAGAUA